GGGGAGUGAGCCUCUUCUCCGCUCCCUCUAAGAGCAUUAACUGUAGAGUGUUCUGCUAGUGACAGGGCUGUCAGGGUCAGAUGGCUGCUCAGCCUGAUUAGACCAGCUCACAGCAGAUCCUCAACACAGCAAACUGCACUGCUACAGCAAGGUAGAGCCACAGCACACACACCGCAGCAGCUACUAUGAGGCCAGGGUUUGCAGAGAGAGGAGGAUAAUUUGGUGUUAUAGUGGGGAAGAGCAACAGGUUGUUGCACAAAGACUUCAUUUUCUGGUGGUUGACUACCAGACAUAUAAAGUUCUAGAGGUGGAAAAAGACUAAUAGCGGGUGGACUCCGCUCUGGGACAGAGGCCGAAGAAUUGCUUUUUAGCCUGUGGUCGGAAAGGACAUUGAAUAGCAGAAUGACUUGUGAAUGGACCUUCAGCAGCAAAAAUGGUGUCUUUAUUUGUAAAGAGGCAGAGAAUCGCUGGUUGAUGGAGUUUGUGCGGGGGAGUGGUGACUACUGCCACGCUCAACACCAUUAAGGCCUACUUGGGAUGAAGCUACACCAUGCAGUCCUGCGGCCCUGAAACCUGAAAGACCACCUGCCCUUGCUCUCUGAAACAGCCAGCUAAUGGGGUAAUAUGCGGAGUCUCGACACUGGAAGCUUACCUGAGAGAGAAGCAAAAAGAGAGCUACUGAAAGAGUGACAAUCGUGAGAAAUAAAAACAACGAGAGUUGACACACUGUGCUUCCUGAACUACAGGACACAGUCAACUGAUGGACUAAAACUGUACUCAUAUGACAACAGGAAAUCGGAAUUGGGAAAAUACCUUAAAGGCUAUAAACAAUACCCGAACAGGAAGUUCAACCACAGACAGGAAGUCACCUGGUGACCUGAUAUAGGUUGAAAGUCGAGCAGCUACCUGCUGCAGCUCCAGCUAAAGAGGUCCUCCUAGGACAUUAAAGAUCACGCCUGCCAUCAUGAACCGUCCUGCUCCAGUGGAACUGUGCCACAAGAACAUGAGAUUCCUCAUCACACACAACCCUACUGACAGCACGCUCACCACCUUCAUAGAGGACUUGAAACACUUUGGCGCCACCACAGUUGUUCGUGUCUGUGAUAUCACCUAUGAUAAAACACCGUUGGAAAAAGACGGCAUCACUGUGGUGGAUUGGGCUUUUGAUGACGGAGCCCCACCCCCUACUAAGCUUGUUGAUGAUUGGUUGAAUUUGCUGAAGAAGAAAUUUCAAGAGGAACCAGGAUGCUGCGUGGCCGUCCAUUGUGUGGCUGGACUGGGGAGGGCUCCUGUGAUGGUUGCUCUGGCUUUGAUAGAGAGUGGGAUGAAGUAUGAAGAUGCUAUUCAACUCAUUAGACAGAAGCGUCGUGGAGCAAUCAACAGUAAACAGCUAACCUACCUGGAGAAAUAUCGAUCCAAGCAAAGACUUCGCUUCAAAGACUCUAACUCACACAAGAACAAGUGUUGCACAAUGUGAACGCACAGACUCAGACACACACACACACACACACACACACACACACACACACACACACACACACACACACACACACACACACACACACACACACACACACACACACACACACACACACACACACACUCAGACAUCUUGUACCCCUCAACAAAUGCUCUCAGGAAAGAACCAUUCAAGCCUUGUGACCAUGUCAUAAAACCUGAUGUGUACCCUGGGAUUUUUUGACAGCAGUCGUGUUACAAAGCAUCUUUGCUUACUUGUUUGUUAGAAUUUCGGGUCCCUUUUAAAUUAUGUUAUUGACAUGUUUGCUUCAUUUUAUGGAUACAGUGAAAGAAAUGGGCAAGAAAAUCCCAUGAAAACAUUUGUAGCCAGUUGUUAAUGCAUAUUUGCUCAACUAAAUAGCCAAAGAAACUUUGGUCAGGGUUAACGUCACAUUAAACUGUACACACACAGCAAAACAAAUCCAAGGCGGCAAACCCAUAAAAAUUGGUAUUGCUGAUUUCAAACGAUACAUGGCCUUCAAAACAUCAAAUCAUACUUCAUACUUUGUGAAGUUACUUUUUCAAUGAUGUACACAUUAUCAGGGUAACAUGCAGUAUUUCUGUAUGAUUGUUUUAUAGAAAAAACUUUAAAACAAUAAUUUUGUAGCUCAGGGUUUUCACUACUGUAUCAAUUUAAGUCAAUACUAUAAGUAUCCCUCUCUUUUACAUUAUUCAUAAUUGUCUCUUCUUUAGUUUUAGUUGAACUGGAGAUUUAAGGGCUCAUUUUCAUCCGAGUACUUUCUGCCAUUUGUCUAAAAAAUAUAUAAUAUUUAUUGUCUAAGAUCAUUGUGAAUGUCAGCUUUUGGUAAACAUAAAGCCUUCAUUUGGUGUUGUCACAGUUUCCGUUUUAAUAUAACUCCAUUGUGCUCAAGUUAUGUGUUAACAUAUCAGUGUGUACAUUAUAUUAUGCUCUGUUUACUGACAAUCACAGAAGGAAACGGCUGAUUUGAAAUAUAAAGUAAAUAUGUAUUAAAAAAAAGGA